AUGGGUUCUGCACCGCCGACGAAAGCCACCGAGGCCGUCCUGGUUCCCUCGGAGCCUGUCGCAGAGGACGCCAAGCAGGUCAAGGGCAUAGAUUGGUUGUCCCUACCAGCGGAACAACGAAGCAUCAUCUCCGAUUUUGUCGAGCAGCUCACGCAGCAAGGCUUCCAGUCUAGCUCAAUAGGCGAUGCCAUACGUAUCAUCAAUGACAUGAGAUCAUGGCGAGACCCGGAGACAGGUGAGAAGACGACCAUCUUCUUGGGUUACACGUCGAACAUGAUUUCUUCGGGCCUGCGCGACACGUUUCGCUAUCUCGUACAGCACCGCCACGUGGCCGCAAUUGUCACGACGGCGGGCGGUGUUGAGGAAGACUUCAUCAAAUGUCUGGCUCCCACGUAUUUGGGUUCCUUCUCCGCAUCGGGAGCUGCAUUACGGGCCAAAGGACUGAAUCGCAUUGGCAACCUGGUCGUUCCCAACAACAACUACUGCGCCUUCGAAGAUUGGCUCAUUCCCAUUCUCGACAAAAUGCUGGCCGAGCAAGAGGAAGAGUAUACCCGUACCGGAGAACGAUUUCUGUGGACUCCCAGUAGAAUCAUUCAUCGACUGGGCAAAGAAAUCAACGACGAAUCGUCGGUGUAUUAUUGGGCGUACAAAAAUGAUAUCCCGGUCUUUUGUCCCGCCUUGACCGACGGCAGUUUGGGCGACAUGAUCUAUUUCCAUUCUUUCAAAGCCUCACCACUGCAUCUUGGGAUCGACAUUGCCAGGGACAUUCGAAAAAUCAACACGAUUGCGGUGCGAGCGAAAAGGGCAGGUAUGAUCAUCCUAGGCGGUGGCGUGGUGAAGCAUCACAUUGCAAAUGCGUGCCUCAUGCGGAAUGGCGCCGAAAGUGCGGUGUAUAUCAAUACGGCACAGGAAUUUGACGGUAGCGAUGCCGGCGCCAGACCAGACGAGGCCGUCAGUUGGGGCAAGAUCAAGGUAGACGGGGAAAGCGUCAAGGUCUACGUGGAAGCUACCGUAGCUUUUCCUCUGAUUGUGGCAAGCACUUUUGCUAGGCCGUAG